CGGCGCGGAGACUCUUACUGCAGCAGGGAGCCCCGCAGCCGGGCUGCCCCGCAGACCUCGCCGCACCGCGGGGGAGACACAGGCGCGCCCGGCGAGCUCUCUUGGUCCCAGCACCUUGCCUGUCCCGCUCCGUGCACUCUGUCCUCCUCGCCGCCCACCCUCUGCCCCGGGAUGCCUCCCAACCUCACUGGCUAUUACCGCUUCGUCUCCCAGGAGAACAUGGACAAUUACCUGCGCGCUUUAGAUAUCAAUGUGGUCCUGCGAAAACUGGUUUGCCUCUUGAAGCCUGAUAAAGAGAUAGUCCACACGGGAGAUCACAUGGUCAUCCGCACAAUCACCUCCCUGCGCGACUAUGUUAUGGAUUUUGACCUGGGAGUCCAGUUUGAGGAAGAUCUGGGACCCGUGGAUGGGCGCAAGUGCCAGACCACUGUCUCCUGGGAGGGCGAUCAGCUGGUGUGUGAGCAGCUAGGGGAGAAGAGGAACCGAGGCUGGAGACACUGGCUGGAGGGAGACCAGCUGCAUCUGCGCAUGACCGCUGAAGAUGAGGUCUGUGUCCAGGUUUUCCAGAAAGUGAAGUGAGCACGCCCGCAGAGGGAUGCCCGGACGGGGCCCUCGCUCCCGAGUGCAAACUGCCUGGAAGUGAAAAAGAAACAAGACCCGAGCCAGCCGA